AUGAACCAGACUAAGGAUGACAACCUCUUUGAUGUGAAUCCGUACAACAUUCCUAAUGCUGCAGAGAUGCUGAAAGAGUUGAUGUACUAUAUACCAUUGUGGACAGCUGUGAUGUUAGAAGAAAGAGAUAGGGAAAGAGAUCAGAAACUGGCUCAGAUGCUCUAUGAGCAAGAGCAACAAAGAGAACAGAAAGAAAGGGAAAAAGAAAGAAUGUCAGAACAGAGAGAAAAACAAAGAGAUGAAAAACUGGCUCAGAUGCUACGUGAGCAUGAGCAGCGCAAUGAAGCAAAACUAGAUAGGAUCCAAAGCGAACUUGCCGAGAUGCGGGACGCUUGCAAAGAAAUCCCCGAUCUUGUGCAAAGCUUAGCCAGCGAGAUGCAGAAAUUACAGAUAUCGCAGGCUAGGCUUGAAGACAAUGUCCAGACUUUAACCAAUCGCGUGGAUAAUGUGGAGAUAGAUGCACGGAAAAGUAUUGACGCAUAUUUGGAAGUGCAAGCUCAAAAAGUAGAAAAAGAAUUAAAUGAAUGGCUAGAAGUAAAGGAUCGCGAGAUAUCUGCAAAGGUUGAAAGCGACGUAAAAACAGCUGUAGAACAAGCGACUGCGGCCGCGAGUAAUGAACACAAUAUUCCAAUUGAUCGUAAGCAUUCUUAUUACUUUAGACCUAUUCUAGAAUAA